GAUGCUGUGACGUCAGAUGCCGGCAUAGGUGGUCCUCGAGCACCGGCUUUAGCUGCUCUCGCCUCAAACUAACGCGGUGUUGGCCGGUCGCUCGGUCGCUUUCCCGUGCCGAUUGCAGUGCGGGCCCAGGAAAGCAGCGCCGACCUCCACACGCAUUACGUCGCCCUCAUUUCCGCGUUCUGAUUUCCGGUUACCGCCAUCUUCCUUGGGCGGAAGCCGGCUUCUAGGUGGGAUCUCCGUAGCAAGUGCAGUGGGUAGCGCGGUCGGUGCCAUGCCGUCAUCGCCGCUGCGGGUGGCGGUGGUGUGCUCGAGUAACCAGAAUCGGAGCAUGGAAGCACACAACAUCCUCAGCAAGCGGGGUUUCAGUGUCCGGUCCUUUGGAACAGGAACUCAUGUGAAGCUCCCAGGACCAGCACCUGACAAGCCCAAUGUUUAUGACUUCAAAACCACAUAUGACCAGAUGUACAAUGAUCUCCUCAGGAAAGACAAAGAACUCUAUACACAGAAUGGAAUUUUACAUAUGUUGGACAGAAAUAAAAGGAUCAAGCCCCGGCCAGAAAGGUUCCAGAACUGCAAGGACCUGUUUGACCUGAUCCUCACUUGUGAAGAGCGAGUCUAUGACCAGGUUGUAGAAGAUCUGAAUUCCAGAGAACAGGAGACCUGCCAGCCAGUGCAUGUGGUCAAUGUGGACAUUCAGGACAACCAUGAAGAGGCCACCCUGGGGGCAUUCCUUAUCUGCGAGCUCUGCCAGUGUAUCCAGCACACUGAGGACAUGGAGAAUGAGAUCGAUGAGCUGCUGCAGGAGUUUGAGGAGAAGAGUGGCCGGGCCUUUCUGCACACUGUCUGCUUCUACUGAGCCACCCAUGGUUGGUGCAUGACCUGUCCUGCACAGUCGUCACCUUUGGAGCCACUUUUUCAAUGUGUUUCCCUUCUGAUAUUUGUGUAUAAUGCUAGGUGUCCAUCACCAAUGUACUGUACAUAUGGAAUGAGAAGUACACAGAAAUGCCAGACUGAAAUCCAUUGUUUUUAACUAAAAGAAAUAAAGACGGUUUACUGUACAGCCUA